AUUGUUGCAAGAAAAUAUAUUGCCUUCUCCAAUAUUGAAGACAAGGACUGAAUCAAGAAGAGCUUUGCUUAACGAAGCAAGUUUAGGAGUUGGCAUUAAAUACCAGAUAUAAUGAGGUGUUAGAUGUAUAGGGACGUGAAUGUCAAAGUUGCAAUCCAUGGAAGCUAUUGCUUGGUUUAAACUAAUAUCGGCAAUCCAUAUCCCGCAAGUGAAAUAAGCUACACUGGGGAGUUCAAUAAUAUUUACGUACUUGAAUGGCCAUGAAUCGGCGACAAUGUCGGCAAAAUUUACCGACUACAUUUGCAGCCCCAUGAAAACAUUAAAAUUAGAAGAGAUCAAAUGUAAUAUAUGCCUUUCUUGAUCCCUCGCCGCCUCCUUCACUCGGCCGAGCUCCACAGUCUCUUUUUACAGCCCCCGAGUGCAUCCGCUUCAAAGCCAUUUUCUUUUCGACUCCUCCACGCCCUUCCGGUCCCGAGAGGAAGCUUUGCUCCGCCGUCCUUCCUCCUUUCAUGGCCUCGACGAGCCAGGCAAGCUUACUCCUCCACAAACAACUCAGAGAUCUCAGCAAGAAUCCGGUGGACGGCUUCUCCGCUGGCCUCGUCGACGAUAAUAACAUCUUUGAGUGGAGCGUCACCAUCAUCGGCCCUCCGGACACACUCUAUGAUCUUGAUUGGCCAAUCCUUGUGUUGUAGUGAAGGAGGUUAUUUCAAUGCUAUCAUGAGCUUUCCAUCAAAUUAUCCUAACAGCCCCCCUACAGUUAGAUUUAUAUCAGAGAUGUGGCAUCCAAAUGUAUAUCCGGAUGGUCGAGUUUGCAUUUCAAUUCUUCAUGCUCCUGGGGAAGACCCUAAUGGCUAUGAGCUUGCAAGUGAGCGUUGGUCGCCUGUCCACACAGUUGAGAGUAUAGUUUUAAGUAUCAUUUCGAUGCUUUCAAGCCCCAAUGAUGAAUCACCUGCAAAUAUUGAAGCUGCUAAGGAAUGGAGAGAAAGAAGGGACGAAUUCAAGAAAAAGGUCAGUCGCAUCGUUAGACGAUCACAGGAAAUGCUUUGAGAGCUUUAAAAGCUGGCCUCGUGGAGAUCUUCGCGAGCAACAGCUUCAGACCUGUUUUUCUGAAAAACUAUAUCUAUGGAAAGGGUCGUUGAUAUGCUAGGUAAAAGAGCAUCAUUAUCUUUUGUUGGGUCACUUGUAGUGUUCGUCAUUGUCAUUGUCCCCAACUCGUUUGCGUCAUAAGAAACAGCGUGAUACGGAUGUUUUCAACUUUUUUAACGCAACCUGGGUGUCUCUAUAUUUUGUCAUAUUUCAAAGCCUGGUUUCACUCGUUAA